CAAGCACAGACGCUCGCUUCUUCACAAAGAAUCGGCGUUCUUAGCUAGGCAGUUUAGUUGCCUUUGCGCGUUACCCGAGGUUCUGACCCAGGAGUCUCCCUGUUGGGGCGGCGGUAACUGCAUUGAGGCGCUGUAGGCGUAGUUUUCGCUCGUACCAGAAGAGAGCUGCCCGUGCCGCAGUGUCAAAAAAUCUGCUCUUCGAAGCAUCGUCUUGACAGGCUGCCCAAUGCCUGCUUGCUGCGAGGGCCAGAUCGGAAGCUCGAAAGCCACCCGUCUUGCCUUGUGGUGCAUCUUGGGCACCCCCUUCUCGUGGUCCAUGGACACUGACGACAUGACGGCCUCGCCGCCUCGCCUACCUCCCGUCAGCGGAGUGCUGGUCACCGCAAACCCGGCGGUGGUGCGGCCGGUGGCCUUCCGGGCGGUGCGCUGGGGCCACGGGGCGGACGUCGACGACGGAUGCUCGAGCAGUGGUUCGGUGUUCAACUUGCACGACGAGCGGCUACUGCAGGCGCCUGAGCGCCGGCCCUCGGGUCAUCACUCGGCGCCGCUGCUGGAGAGGCAGCCGCGGUCGGCAGCCGUGAGCACGCGCACCGCCUUCCACCCAGCCCGCUGCAAGGUGCCCUUCCACCAGUCGAUGCCGCACUUCGACUGCAAGGAGGCCCGUGCGGCGUCACGUUCCUCAAGUGGCGGCGGCUCGGCCAUGCUGGACGUGCUCGACUCGGGCCACAGCUCGGCCGCCCUGCUGGCCGAAGAGGAGGCGCCCUCGCCGAGCGACUCGGGCGUGGCUGAGCUGGAAGCUCAGCUGCGCGAGAAGGACGCGGAAAUCGCGCACCUGCGCCAGACUCUGGAGCGCAACGAGCAGGCCAUCAUCCAGGUCUACGAGGAGAAGGAGCAGCUCUGGCACAGGCGCCUCGAUGACCUGCGUGACCACUACGAGCAGCAACUGCAGAGGCACGACGUGGCCGCCGCGCGGGACGAGAGUCCAGUGUGCAGUGGCGGAUUGGAGGAAGCCAGCUGCCGGCCUGGGGGCGCGCUCAAGCUGUCAUGGCUGGACACACCGCAAUUGGACAGCGAGGUGGCCGAGCUGACCACGCUCAUGGAGGAUUCGCGACUCACAGGCAAUGCCAACGACGACGUGCGCCGACUUCGGCUUGAGCUGCAUCGCUGCCGGCGCCAACUGCAGCUUGCCUUGCAGGGCUUCGAGGAGGAGCGCCAGCGCUGGCAGCACGAGCGCGCCCAGGCUGCCCAGUACCAACGCCAGCUGGAGACCAGCUACUGGCAGCUGUGCAGCCACAACCGCGAGCUGCUGCGCGCCGUGUCGCACGCCAGCCUGCCGCUUGAGCUGCUUGAUGGCUGGUACCACUCGGAGUCCAGCUGCUGAAAACCAACCGCACCCAUCUGUGAUAUCUUCGGUCCGGUGCACCUCUUUCUCCUUCCGGAGAGAGGGGGUCGCCGGGGUUGGCAUGAUUAGCUUAGCGUUUCAGAACCGGAAACUUCCAUGGGCACCACUUUGCGCAGCUUUCAUUUUUUCGACCGAGGCCAGCUAGCCCUCACAGUGAUGCAGUAAAGAAUUUUGUAGCACUUGUAUCAGUAUCAAAUAAGAGCCUUUAUACACUUAAAUUUGUACCUUUACAGUUUGUUUAUGCACACUAGUAUAAUACCCGUGUUUAUCUACAAAACAAUGAAAAGAAGUGGAUGUGCUGUCGCUGCAAAGCAUUUUUUCCCAUAGGCAAUGACAGAAUAUAGCUUAUUAUACUUGAACCGUCUGUGAAUGUGCUGCGAUUUAAUGGACCAUUGUAAACGACAGCACCAUCAUCUGGAAGAACAUUGGAAUUUUUAUGCUAAAAUGCUGCAGACAUAGUCAGCUUGAGUUUUUUUGAAGCAUAUCUAAGCGAGAUGCAGCGACAGGAAAGAUCUCAUUACCCUAAGCAGAGGGUACAGGAUUGUGAAGUGCGCAUCACAAAAUAUCUCCAUGAAUGCUUGUUUCCGGCUCUGGGGCAAUGAGCAGACGCAAUCAUGCACAGGUUUGCACCCUACCCAAAUUUGCGAGCUUUCACAGUGCAUCUUUAUCCACUUACACAGUGCUUUGAUAAAGCUGCUGUGCAACUUGUGGGUUGAGCUCUGGCCAGCACUGAUUUGUGGUGAUUCACUAACUUGUCAGUAGUUGUCAGUGUAAUGUUGCUGCUACAGCAUUUUUAAGUAGGCUGCACUGUAGUGUGUUCCCCAAAUCAAACCACCCCUUUGCCACACCUGCACUGGUGAGCCUAGAAACAAUGACCCACCUUGUUGUCAGUUGAGAGUGGUUCUAAAGCCAAGUGCAUAUUAUAACAAAGCCCAUUUACCAAACAGUAAUAUAUCAUUAUGUCCAGUGAGGUUGGUCGUGAAAUGGGGACGGUUAUAGUAAUUGGGCUUCAGUGUCUAUGGGCUAGUCUUGGUGUGCCCAUUUACACAUUGCAUAGUGUUUGAAAGAAAAGCACUCUGCAAUGAUGCCCCAUUUUCAUGUUUUCUUAUGUGCAAUUUCAUUUAUAUUUUCGUCAGCAAUGCUACAGGUAUAGCAAGCUGUGUACAUAGUUAUAUGGCUUUGUUGCCAGCCAGAUAUGUAUGUCUUGCCAAAGGUUGCAUCCACCUCUUGAAUAUGUGUUGUUACUUUGAUGUUUCAAGAAUGAUAGAUUGACCAUAGAAAGUUUCUAUGGGUAUUGUUCUAGUGUGUUUGUACUAUGUGGGCAUUUGUAUGAGAUGUGUUAGUUCCUGUGUGCUUGCUUGGUCAGCUGCAUUUUUGCUCAGUUUCCCCAGUAUUGUUCUUUUUGGGCCCAGACAUAUUUGGCUGCAAACUCACUGCCACUUUAAUAUUGCCCAUGUGAAGGAUGCAUGGGAGAAGCUGCAUGUAUUUAGCUUUGCAUUUAAGUAAUCAAUGGUAGCUGUUCAUGUGCCAAGAAGCAUUGAGAAUGUGUAUUUUGAUGACUCUUGUGUGAAACCUCUGUGUGUGCACUUUACAAGGUGUGGUGUGCAAGCAGGUAAGUAGCUGACAGUGCCCAAGUGGCCAUAUCAGAGAGCCUGAGUGGUUUGCAUGCUGAAAGGGCAAUGCUCUCCUUUCCUCAUCUUCACCAUAGCUGCCAUGGCAGUUGUGAUGUGGCUACCCUAUUCAAGGAUGGCACAUAAUUGUGAUGUAGUCAGUAGCACUGCACACAAAUUUCAUGUUGUACUCCAUACGUCAAGAUGUUUUGUAGUAUGCUGAGCUACUUGCCAACAUUUAGAGAAAGAAACAAACAUGUGGCAGGACAUUCUCUGUAAACAAGAAUACAUCUUUCAUCGCUGUAUAGUCUUUCAGAGUAUGUCCACCGAUUUCUCUUAUCGUUCAGAUAAAAACCACGGCUGUGCACAACUUUCUGAAUUUAGGUGGCUAAGACUGGCGCUAUUAUUGGCAGCUUCUGUUUGCGCAAAAUAAGAGUUUUGUUAGUAAUUACUUGUGGGAAUGGAACCUGAAUUAUGUCAAGGCAACAUCAUACAGCAAAAUUGUCACCUUGGCAUUAGCUUGUGUGCCAUUUAAAUGAGGGAUGUACAGUUGGAGUGAAUUCAGAAGGUAGUGCUACAGCAGUUACUUUCUUGAAAGCUGAAACUGUGUUUUUGCUUCCAAGUAGCACAAUCACUGUUAUGACCAUAAUAGAUACAAAAAAUUAAAAAAAAUCUGUAAAGCACUCAUAAGUAUGACACUGUGUGUACAACAUUCAAUGGAAAGUACCUGCUGCUUAAUAAAGUUGCAUAUCAUGUUUUGUCACUGUGA